CCUCUCGUUUAUAUCUGUAUUUCGCUCUUAUCAUCUAUCUACGCAUACAUCUCCAUUUAAUACUGCUUAUUCACUACUAAUCGUCACAGUUAAACUAUUAAAAACUCUUUGCGUAGAUUUUAUAGUUUUACAAAUCUUCUCUUGUUUUUACAUUGCCAGUGAAACGCAAUGAUUAACUAGGGGCUCCUGUUUCAGAUUUUAAAUGAUUGUAUAACAACAAAGCUUUUCUUAAAUAUUUUUCAUGUUCAACGGUAUUCGCUUGUCACUAGAUCUUCCAUAAUUGUCGACACUACUAGAGACAUAAUUGUCGACAAAUGUUUUUGCGAUGGUAGAUGCUGACAUAUCUGCCAUUGGGUAACACUCAGGCCAUCUUGUAAAUCUAUCCACUAUUGUGAGUAGGUAACACAUGUCUUCCGGAGGAGGUAGAGGACCAACGAUGUCCAGGUGGAUGUGGUUAAACCUGCCUUUCGAAAUGUCAAAUGUUUCCAAUGGCUAGUGAGUAUGGCUUGUUAUUUUGGCCUUUUGGUAAUAACGAUCGGUCAUAAGCUUUCUAGUAGCCCGAAUGCCAGGAUAUGAGUUAUUGUGGAUCCCUUGGAAUGUAAGCUUACGCAGAGAUAAGGGAACAAACAAACGUUGUUUUCCUGCAGAAGAUUCUAUCAAUAGUUGAACAUUGUUUGAAGAUAUUUUUAUUAGUUUAUAUGUAGUGUUUCUGCUCUGUUUUUUUGGCAAUAUUUUUAAAUGUGAAUCUUUCUUUUGCUCUUUUGGAAUAGUUUGAUCCGUUAACAUUGCAAUGGAAUCCAUGACUCCAAUCCUAGAUAAGGCAUCCGCUGCUACGUUGCUCUCUCCCCGAAUGUAUAUAUAUCAGAGAUAUAUGUAUAUAUAUGUACGUAUAUCAGAGGUGUAUUAGGAGAUGAAGUCGAGAUGUCGACUUUGUCGCGAAGACUUUUCAGCCUUGGAUUUUAACGCCAGUGUUAGAGGUUUGUAGUCUGUUAACACCUUAAAGUCUCUCACUUCGAGGAAGUGCCUAAAAUGUUUGAUUCCUAGGAAAAUGGCAAGUAGUUCUCUAUCAAAGGUUGAGUAUCUCUGCUCGGUUGGUGUUGUUGUUUUUGAGUAAAAUGCCAACGGUUGACUUUCACCAUUGAGAUGAUGUUGAAGUAUCGCGCCAACUGCAUAGUUAUAAGCGUCGUUAGUGAGAGAAUAAUGAGCGUUACUCUGUGGAUGAGGUAACAUGAUUGCAUUUGAUAGGUCAUGUUUUACUUGAAGUACUGCUUGUUCACAUUCUUCUAACCAUUCAAAGUUUUGUUUACUCUUUUUGUCGUUAUAUUCAGCAAUGAGUUGAUACAAGAGUCUCAACUUGUUGUCAACCUGUGGAAUGAAAUGAUGAUGGUAAUGUAUCAUUCCUGCCAAUCGCUGAAGUUGUUUAACGGAUGAUGGAGAGGGAAAUUUUGUAAUUACCUUUACCUUAGAAGAAGAAGGAGUUAUACCUUUUUCUGAAAUGUUGUGACUUAGGAAAUCCUACGAUGGUACGCCAAGAACACAUUUGGAUGACUUUAUUUUGAUGUCAGGACUAGCUAGCCGAUGGAACACUUUAUGCAAAUGUUGAAUGUGCAUUUCUUUCGUUGGACUAGCUGUAAGGAUGUCGUCAAUAUAGACAAAGACAAAUUCCAGAUCGCUUAAAAUGCUAUUCAUGAAUCUUUGGAAAGUUUGGCUGAAUGAGGUGGUAAUAGCAGUGUUCGUAUGUGGGAGUUUUCGGAUGUGUUUUUUUUUUUUGCUGCAGUGAUGAAUAUUAACCGUCGUUUGUGUUGCUUGGAAGUACGCAGGUAAGAGAGUUUAUUUUUCCUAGUGCACUUAUUUUUAAAAACCAGGCUACACGAUGCUAGAUUUCAUAAAGAGUUCGCUUAAAAGGGGAGGAUUCGCGGAAAUUUUACGUCAAAAACAUUUCGGUUCAUAUAGCCGCGUUUAGGGCAACAAAGCGCACACCCAGCAGCUGUCAUUCGAUGUAUGCGAAAUUUUUCUGUCAUUCCUCGCCAUGUUUGUAAACAUACAGGCGGUGUUGUUUGCGGUUGUUGAUUUGUUUUCCGGCGUUGAUUUGGAAAUAUUAAGGAUUUUGCUGUGAAAAGUUUGCAAUGGAGAAUCUGUUGAUGAGCGAAGAGUGGUUCGCUUCGUUAUCGUGGGUUGUGGAAUUGAAUGAAGUGAAUUUGCGAAGACGCAACAGGCAAAUUGUGCGCACGUGGUGGAUGCGACCAAUUUUUUUCCGGCGGCAAGAAGAUGGCAACCGCUUGCUGGAUAAUAUUGUCGCAGAACAAGCCAACGAAACCGUCGUUAACUUUCUUCGAAUGAAGAAGGAAGAUUUUAUUGUUUUGCUGCAAGCUAUAAGGCCGGCAAUAAGUCGCAUGAACACCAAUAUGCGUGACUCAAUCACAGCCCAAGAAAGGUUGCUAAUUACGUUGCGGUAUUUAGCAACUGGAGAAACCUUCAGUAGUUUGCAAUAUUUGUUUCGAGUGUCUCGUUCCUCCAUAAGCAACAUAGUAAAGGAGACGUGUAUCUGCCUUACAAAAACUCUACGAUCAUAUGUGAAGUUACCAUCCACUAAAGAACAAUGGCUGGAAGUAUCAAAAAUGUUUGAGCAGCGUUGGAACUUUCCCCAUGCCAUUGCAGCGAUAGAUGGGAAACAUUUUCACACCCGCGCUCCUGCACACAGCGGAUCCGAUUACUAUAACUACAAAAACUUUUAUAGUAUUGUGCUUCUGGUAAUGGUACAUGCAGAUUACUAUUUUAUGUUUGCUGAUGCGGGAGGCAAGGGUGGGAUUUCGAAUGGAGGAAUAUUUAGAAACAGUAGAUUGUUCCAAAAGCUUGAAAACAAGUUAUUAAAUAUUCCAGAUCCCGAGCCAUUGCGAUUACCAUAUAAAAUUCCAGUACCAUUUUUUAUAUUAGGAGACAAGGCUUUUGCUUUUACCGAUUACUGCAUCCGUUCCUUUGGCGAGCUCCACUCACCUGGGAGCUACCAGCGCAUUUUCAAUUAUAGACAUUCGCGUGCUCGAAUGCCCGUUGAAAAUGCGCUAGGAAUACUUGCAAAUCGGUUUCAAGUAUUGAAAGGACAAAUACUUCUUUCUCCGAAUGUGGCAAAACAUAUUGUUCUAACGACUGUCUAUUUACACAACGAACUUUCUACACAACACAAUUCUUCUCACAACACUACAACUUCUAUUUACGAAGAAAUGCUUCAAGAACAAUAUACUCUCCACCAUCCUCAUUCGAUAGAGUCAUUGGCGAGAACGUGGUCCCUGGCGUUUAGAGAGCCAAUGAUAAUUUGGUAAAUCUUAAAUUUGUUUCGUCACGGACAGCUGAUCGAUUGAUGAAUGUUCGAACGCAUAUGGUUCUCGAUUUUAAAAAUAAUUACCAUCAUUAUGCUGCUUAGUCCCUGAAACUACAUGACCAACUGACAAUGACCAACUUUACAUGUCACGUAAAGGUAAAUGGAAAUUUUAAGACCACUUUGCUACCACCAAACUAUGUGCUCACCUCUCUUUUCUUUAAUCUGGGGCGAGGUGGACAUCCGACAUUAGAACGUGAUUCGUUUCUGAAGAUUAGAUUAAUUAUUCAGUUUGCUUAAGAUAAUGAUCCUAUUAAA